UUUCUGCUCAAGUCUAAGUAUAACACAGAGCAUGUAUUUUUUAAGGUAAAAAGAACAAUUUAGUCCAAAUCCCGCAUGUGAAGAUUACACAUCACAGCAGGUUUCUCCGAGUGGCACCCUACCAUAACCAGUUAUACUGAUCUACCCCUAUAACCAGUUAAAGUAAAGGCCCACGUCGAAUAGCUGGUCGGACCCCCCUCUAUCAUGACAAGAGUGAAGGACCGCUUCAUCCUCAUCCUCAUCACCAACCACCUGAGACAAAGUAAGCCGUUGCUGGUGUUUGCUGUCAGUGUCUCAGUCUCACUGCUAGUGUUGGUCUCUGAUCACGUCAUGGACCAGUGGCCUCGCCCAACGGUCGUGGUUAUGAAGAGUGAGGAGACUGGCCCAGGAGCUGGUACCUCAAGCACCACAAGAAGUUCUUCGACAUUUCCAGUGCAGACGACAUUUGCAGUGCAGACGGCUAAAUAUAUCGUAAUCACAAUACGAGAAAAGUCUCCAGAGAUAUGGGUACACAGCGACAAUGUUUGAAUGUUUUGUAGAACAAAACUUGAAGCCAACCUCCAUCUUUAUCACAUACAAGCCUGACGUCACACCGACCAAACUUUUAGAGAUUCA